CAAACGUGUUGAUAAAGAAAUCUCUGGAAUAUUAACUUCAAGAAGCAUAUUCCAAACUUACGUCAUUUACAUCAUCAGAACUGAUUUUCAGGAUUAAAUCAGCAAAUGAAAAUAUUUUGAUUCUUUAGCUCUUUGCUGUUGACGCAAAUUGAAUCUUGCUAAGAUAUAGUACUUGUUGCUACAGGAUUUCUGAGUUAAAAAUAUAAACAUUAAUCUAAGGUUAAUCAAGAGCUGUAUUUAUGAUAAGGAAAUAUGAUUUUCGAAGGACAAAAACUUAUACAUCGCUUCAAAACUUAGAUCUAGGAUAUCGUUUUACAGAAUGACUCCAUUUUUAUUGUGCAUUUUGUUUCUAACGUAUACAAAACUUUUGAUUGCUGAUGAUAACCUUAAAAAAUGUGACCAAAAUUCUUUUGAGGAGGCAUGUAAAGCAGUUGAGAUUUAUCCAUCUUUGGAAGGUCUUCAAGAUGUUUACGAAAUUAUUCAUGAAGCCCAGGCGAGCACUCCACUCAAGUAUUUAAUUAGUAAGAAAAACCUUACAACACUUUGCCCACCGUACGACACAUGUGUUAAUCGUUGUGGCAGCGUGCACAAAGGAUACACUCAUACUUGCAACUGUGAUGAGCAAUGCUCAUAUUUUGGUGACUGUUGUGCCGAUUACCAAAGUGAAUGUAAAGAGAAUGUGGCCCAAGAUGUGCAGCAUCUCCCUUUUAAAACCAAAUCGAAAUGUGAAUCUUUACUUGAAACUUUUCCGAUAUUUAUGGUAUCUAAGUGCUCAAAAAACUGGAAAGAUGCGUCCAUUAAAAGUCUGUGUGAUGCCAAUCUGCCUACUAAAUGCAUUUUACCCGAUCUGUUAUCAGAGAGUGGGGAUUGUAAAUCCACUUAUUAUCCACAAUGCUGGGAGCGUUUAGCAGCUCUAUGCAAUGGAAGUGGCGACCCGCGUUGUCCUAAACUCGUUUCGAAUGAAUGCCAAAAAAUGACCGCUUCAGUUUGCAAAAACUGUGACAAACACUACUGGCCUGUUAUUGGCGUUGACCAAAUACUAUACAAAAACUCUUACUGUGCCGCUUGCAAUUACCAAAACAAUUAUAAAACACCUCAUUUAAGGGAGGUGGUUGCUGAAAUAAAAUCACAGAACAAGUCUAAGUCGUAUUCCAUUCGGAAAUGCUACGAAAAAAUUGUUGAUUCUUGUGAUACUGAUUCUAUUAUCUCUCAAAUGUGCUCAAGUUUUUUUGAUCCUGUCAUGGGUGGUCCUAAAAGGAAUGGUCAACGCAGGUUUUACAAAAAUAUUUACUGCGCGUAUUGUCACAAUGAAUCUUUGGAUGAGAUUAGGUGCGCUUCUCCCUACCUCAUUGAUUCUGCUUCUAAAGGUAACAAAGGAGGUAAAGGAAGGCCGAACCUUCGUAUCACUAAAGAAGGAGACGGCAUAAAACUGGAUGAUAUGCCGGCUGCAUUCUCAAUGCUUUUGAAUUUUGGUUUGGAUGGACGACAAAGAGUUUACAUUUCAUCAGAAGGCGAUGCAGAGAUGAAGGGUCAUCAGGAACGCUGUGGCAUAGGCAAAAUUUGGGAUCCUUUUAGCAAGAUUUGUCGCAUGCUUCAUUGCAGUACCAACUUUGUCUUAGUGGAUUAUAAAUGCGUAAGAAAAGAGCCAAUUUUAGAUGAUACUUCGCUUGACAAUGUAACUGUGCCUGUUCCUGAUCCCAAAGCACAGUCUGUUCAUUUGACUUUAAGCGCAGAGAUAGAACUUAUUGACUUUCUACAGUUUAAUAACCUAGACCUGGAGGGAAUAUCCGAAAAUAUACGUGAGUCAUUUUCAGUUUCAUUUAAUAUUAGUUCAGAUCGAAUAAGAAACGUCCGAUUUAAUAUAUCUUUCGGAAAGUUUGAAAGCAAGAAUGAAACUUUGAUGUACAUUAAAGAAAUAGAUGACGAGUCACACCCGAUUACUUUUACCAUUGAUUUGGAUUUGUAUGAGAGCUCUAGCGAAAUAGAGCCCGAACCAUCCGUAGAUAGCAUCGUAUCCAUGCUGGCAUCUGCUGUAUCUUCAAAUGGAUUUGAAUUUGGUUUGAAGAAUAUUACGGGUCGGAUUUACGAAAUGCAACAAUCAGUUGAAUUCCUAAAAUCUUGGUGCAAGGAAAGCGAUGGGGAUCAAAAAAGAAUAUAUUGGAAUUCUGAGUUUAAACUUAUAUUAGAAGAUAAUGACACAUUAAGCGCAGAAAAUAGAAUAAAGGGACUAUAUAUAAAUAAAACAGGAAAGUUUUACCCCAAAGGACAUUUUGUUGCUGAUAUUCUGUACCAAGGUUAUCAGUACAGCAGAGAUUUAAUUAAUGUUAGUGGUCUAGCUAUUGUGUGUGACUGGAAGAAAAGAUUAAAUUCUUCCUGUGUUCGAAUAGUUCUUGAAAAGGAUGAAUAUGACAUUUUAGAAAAUGGCUCUUUAGUACUUUUAAGCAGGAGUCCGGGUAAGGAAGCGAUCGACAGCACCGUUUUUGAAAAAGGCGAAAAUGGAACUGUUAUGGUUUGCUUUUCAAAAUCACCUGGAUCUCUUGGUGUUAAAUUUGAUAUAGAAACAGACAUCAUUCAGGCUUUCGUAAGUUAUGCUCUUUCAUGGAUAUCAAUAGCAGCUAUGAUCGUAGUUUUGACUACGUAUUCUUUCUUUUCAAGCUUACGCAAUUUACCAGGAUGCAACACUAUGAACUUGACAUUCUCCUUGCUUGCAAUGCAGAUAACAUACGUUUUUGGGCAAAGAAGCUCAGUUACCGGUAAAGCCUGCAAAGCUGUUGCCACUAUACUGCAUUAUGAAAUUCUAUGUUGUUUCAUGUGGAUGAAUGUUAUGGCCUACGAUUUGUUCAAGACUUUUGGUGCCAAAACAAUAUUGAAUAAUAUACGCAGUAAAAGGAAAUAUUUGCCCAGAUACAUGUUAUAUGCUUAUGGUAUUCCUUUACUGAUUAUUCUUGCCACUUCGCUAUUGGAUAAAUUUUUGGAAGAGUCAGAGUUUUCGCCGCAUUAUGGCAAUGGGGAUAUUUGCUGGAUUACAAGUAAGACAGCCGCAGUGACCUAUUUUGCUUCUCCUUUAGCGAUAAUCAUGUUGGUAAACUUCAGCUUUUUUGUACUGACAAUACUUUCUAUUCGAAAUGUGAAACACGUGAUUCAUUUAAGUCAACAGAAGAAUAAACAAUCGGGAAAAAGAGAUGUGUUGCUGUACGCUAGAAUGGCUUUUGUUAUUGGACUGACAUGGGCUCUAGCAUUUGCUGCAGCUUACGUAAGGGAAGAAAAACUGACAGGAAAAAUCCUCACUUAUCUUUUUAUAAUCUUUAAUACCUUACAGGGACUGUUUAUUUUUUGUGUUUUUGUAUGCAAUAAGAGAGUAUAUGCUUUGUACUGUGGAUCAGCACGGAAAGUCUUCCGAUUUAUUUCCCUCAAUUCAGGUUCUGGCAAAGCUUCAAAAGCAUUUACCGGUAUUGCUAAUGUAAUUUCAAGAACUGUUUCCACUGAGACGGUGAUAUCUACAGUCUCCAGCUCAAGUAACAUUUCUAAUGAUUCUGGUUUGGGCAUCAUAGAUGAAGUGAAAUGAAUUUGAAAUUUAUUUUCAGCAGCUUGAUUCUAGUCAUAUUUUACUAGCAUCAAGUUUGAUACUGUAUAGUUACUUAAUACUAUAUUGUUGCAUAACAUGCAUUCAAUUUGAAUAAUUGUUAGACUGAUUCUUGUUUAGAAUCAUAAAUGAAGUAAAAUGAUCUUUAAUUCUAUUUUUGGAAGUGUACGACGAGAAUUGUUGCAAACAUAUACAAUCUACUGACAUAAAUAUAUAGUGAUUUUGUAAAUAUGUACAUAUUUCUUUUUAUAUUUUUCUUUAUCCCAGACUCAGCAAUUUCAUAGAGGAUUAAGUCCUAACAAAAAAAAAAAUCGAAUAAUAUUUUUUACAGUUUAAUAUACUACUAAUUAAGAAUAUUAAACAUUGAUUAGUGACUUAGAAAAUAAAAAGCUUCAAAAGCAUUAAGAUUAGCAGUUAAAUACUGGAUAUUUUUCGAGAAGAAUUUACUAGAUUAAAAUUUGUUUAAGAAUUCCCAUUUUUUGAAACAUAUAAACUGAGCAAAAUUGUUUACAUGUUUAUAAAAUAAAGAUAAUUUCAAUUUUUUAAUGGUUUUAAAGAGGGUAAAAAUAAAUAUUUUAAUAAGAUUUAUUACAAUUUUUUUCUGUAGUUUUCAGAAACACCUGAAGUUAUUUUGUAACUGUCCUGCAUAAUAAUAUUUUUUAUUGAAUUAUCGAAGUACAUUAAAAAACACGUUUAAAUUUUAAUAUACCAUAGAUUUUACAAUGAUACUGCAUCUUGUAAAGUCAUGGAUAUAUUUUCAGGCCUUUGGAUAUUUUUAAAAACAUUUACAAGAAAUGAUUUUAGACACGUCAAAGGAAUAGAAAUAUAAAAUAAAAAUUGGGAAUAAAAAAGAACUGAAUCACCUUAAAAAAAAUCAAAGCAAAAAUCCGCUUCUCUUUUUUGAACUUUCCUUUGUUAUUUAAACGUUACAACUGGGUUGAUAAGGUUAACCAGCUUUAAUAAUUUUUUUCAUGCGUUAUAGCAAUUUAAAAAGAGCAGAAAAUUUCAAAUUAAAAAGAACUGACGAUUUCAUUAGUUAAGUGGUAAAAAAAGUUUCCUCUAUUUAUCGAAUAGUUUUGCUCCAAUCUUCUCUCUGACUUAAUGUAUUUUUUGAACAAAAUUAAUUCAAUACAAGCAACUGAAAUUGAAGAAAAAAUAUAUAUUGAAGAAUUUAUUCUUUCAGCACUAUAAAGAGUAAAAUAUUA